AUGUUAGAGAUAUUUGAAAAGUAUAACAUGAGUUUGCCAAUAUUGAAAUUUGAUUGUAAUUCAACAGAUAUGAUAGUAUUAGUGAGAAAUACUUAUCUUUUUCAAGAUAAAGAAAAGUCUCAUGAAGAAGUAGGAGAUCCUUCAAGAGAAUUAGUGGAUAAAUUUAAUGAUUAA